AUGACACGUGCAACACGGCAAAAAGAAAAGGAGGAGAAACAGGCCGGACGUCGCGUGACGAGGAGGCUGUCUCAACAGACCGAUAGGGAGGGUGGUGGCAGCUCCAAAGGUACUAAUGCAUCCGCCGCGCGUGGCAGAGUGGUGAAAAAAUUGGCGGGAAAAAAGGCCGCGUUUGGACAGGAGAAGUCCGGCAAGAAGGCGGAAGAGAAGGAGAAGACUGCUACUACUGCCACAUGGAGCGUGAGUCUUGCAGUCCCGUUGGCGGAGAGAGAGGGGUCGGCGACAGGGGGAAACCACGGCGACUCUGCCCGCGCCGAGCAUGGCGCAACCCAGGAGUCCGAGGCGGAGGCAUCCCAACACGGACUGACGCUGCUCCAGCCGACCGUGGUCGAAGUUUCUGCUGCCGUGGUGGAUAAGGCCAAGGCGGGGGAACACAGCAUCGCCGACGUAGAACAGUAUGACACCGCCGUGCCCGGGGACAUCAAUACGCGGUCGAAGAGGCGGCAGACAAGCAGCGGUGCUGACGACGCCGGUGGUGCGGAAGUUGGGACAACGCGAGGCGCCAGGGAAGCAAGUGGCCAGGCGACGGGUCAUGCAUUGCGCAAGCAGGGCCGACCCGCAGCGAGGAGAACAUCCGGCGGAAGGAGGGGCAAGAAAGAUGAGGGGAAUGCGGGGGAUGAGGAGGAGGAGGCUGAGGAGGAGGAGGAUGCGGAGGAAGAGGAGGAUGAAGAGGAUGCGGAGGAGGAGGACGCGGAGGUUGGGGAGGAAGAAAAGGAUGAGAAUGAUGACUAG